AUGCGUCUUCUUCUCUUCCUGACGCUGACAGUGUCACUCUGCUUGGCCCUCGGCGAAGAUGUCUUAGAUAAACGAGCCGCAAAAUGUGGCAUCAAGGGCAAUCGUAUCCUUGCAGCCUACUACAGCACCCAACAAGCAAGCUUCGCGGUUCCAGCUCAAUGCGGUGCUUUGUGUGCAUCAAAGGUUCUGUGCCAGAGCUACGCAGUCGAAAAUGGCAACUGCCGCCUCUAUCUGUUACCUGUUAUCAAGAUCAUAACGCAAUCCCUGCCCGGGAACAACGUUUUUUACGACAGAGCCUGCGCGACUAGCACUGACAUGUGCGAGGUCAAUGGCUUUAGGUUACUGACUCCGGCAUUCUCGACUUCUAACGGGAUUGCCGACAACACCUUCAAGGGAUGCUCUGCACUUUGCAAGAAGACAUCGGGUUGUCAAAGUUACUCUAUCGAACUUGCAACCGGUGGGAAGUGCCGUCUAUAUAAAAAGGCUUUGGUCAAAGACUUCAGCCCAGACCCGAAAAAUGUGAACAUUUAUUGGGAUAUCAACUGCCCACGAGCGGUUGGAAACUCGGGCCCCUCUCUGGUCUUCUCAGGCUCGUUGGCUACUAGUGCCGUCCCUACGAUCAGUACUGUAGACGAAGCAGUGACAUUCACGUCAGAACCAGCCCCAGUCGCUCUAACAACUGACAGUCCACCAUAUGUUCCAUCCGGACCUCUAGUAACGCCGGAUGAUGAUGAUGAUUUCAUAUCGACGUACACAUACGAGCAGUUCGACCUACCUACCGUGAUUGCCGAGGGAUCACCUCCGAUCACAACAGGUCUUGCCCAGCCAACUGCUUUACCAUCUGCGCCGUGCAUGGUAGGGCCCGGGUCCCAGGCACAGUUCACCGUUCUCAAUGAAAACUUCGUACCGAUAGUCAGCAGGACAUCUAGUUCGAUUGGCCCUCUGUUACAACCCACUAAGGCGCCUGCUGCUGACGACCCAAUGCUCAACCCUGAGACCUUUACCGUGCCUGGCUUCUACCUCAAAACGGCAGCGGGUGUUUCAAACGUCUACGAUAUGGUAUAUGCUGGGUCGGCUACACCUCAGUUUGUCGCCAUGACCAAUACUGGAGCCAUCGUUCUCGUGGGAGCAUCUACAGGAACUAGUUUCAAGAACAACCGUGUCACCACCAUUUUCAACGUCGAUUGCUAUGGCCGCAUAUCGAUCACCCAAGGUGGCUCUGGGUACACCUGGAGUACCGACGGCGCAUCGAGUAAAUUGACCAAGGCCGCGAAACCUGCAAACAACAUGAAGGCCCUUCCUAAGAGCAUCCCUGCGGUAAAUAGCGAACGCAAGAACCGCAGGCGCAACAAACAAUUAGCAGAAAGGCUUGCGAAGCGUUCAUACUCCGACGGUCCUGCCCCCAAGUGUCCCUCUUCGCCUCCUAACCUAGUAGCCAAGACAAAGCAAGGCUACGAGCUGGGCCAAGGUAAUUUCUGCGAGAGCCUUAGCGAAUACUGGUCAAUCAGCCCGUUCGACUUCGACGGAUCGUGUGCCGUCCAAAGUCUCUGCUACGACCAAUGCGAGGACUACGGCUGGCAGAGCUGUAACGGCAUCUUUGGUACAAUGAUGAUCCUUUCAUGUCUGGAUGCCUUCGAAAGCUGGUGGGAGGUAAUUCCUGCCAUCGCAUGUGCCGCGCAGGCAAGCUAUUUCACCGGUGUUGCCGCGACUAGCAAGGGUCGCGAACUCUUCUACAAGUCGCAGGCUGCCAUGUGCCGCUGCUUCUGCUCCAGCCCUCCCGACACGUGUGUCUACAACAAUGGAAACUUCUAUUGUGCUGAUAUCCACGGCAACGACGACGCCAACUGCGGAAACUGUGGAAGACAGUGUGGCCCGAACUCGAAGUGCCAUGGUGGAAAGUGCGGAUGUCCGCAGGACCAGUGCGGUAGCACAUGUUUAGAUUUCAGGAAUAACCCUAACAACUGCGGCAAAUGCGGCAACGUCUGCAACCCAUCCUUCUGCCUCGACGGCCGAUGCUACGCACCCCAGCCGGGCGAGUGUACGCCCGAGCAGAGCGUCACGAACGGCGACUUCACCAGCUGGUGGCCCAGCUUCGCCAACUGGACGAUGGCGGCGUACCCCGGCUGCGCCUUGAACGACAAGAUCAAGUUCGAAGGCGUCAACUACUUGGCCAACGGGAAGAGCGACUCGGCCAUUUCCGUGGAGAUGUCGAGCUUGCCGAGCCAGGGCUGCGAGGCCGCCAUGGUCCAGAAGAAGGUUAAGAUGUGCCCCAGCAUCCAGUACGACUUCACGUUUGCUAUGGGCUACGUCAACCAGGUCGGCGACAGCCAAGUCCUCAGCAAUGCCGACUGCACCGUGCGCUGGCUGACCGGCACCCCGGCCUCCUGGACCGGCACCGACGGCUUCCAGUCCUCGCCCACGUACAACAUCGGCGUCAGCAACCCCAACUACAAGACUUACGGCCCGUGGAGCCUGCACGUCUCGGAGAACGAGGCGGGCGUUACCAAGGUCAAGAAGGAUCUGUUCGUCGACUUGACGGCUGUGAUCCACUGCGCCGGCCCUGUCAACGGCGCGGGACGGUUCGUCAUCAGAGACAUCAAGAUGAGCCCCGUGGGCCAGGUCAAGGCCAGGUCGCUGACGAUUGGCGAGGAGAAGGCUAGUUACGUCGUGCAGCGAGCCGCUGCUGCUACGAACGUUACGGAGAAGCUGGCGCCUUAUUUCCCGGACCAGAAGAAGGGCGAGGUGCUUGUUGUUUCUUUCGAGAAGAAUGCUACGGAGAAGAGGAACCUGCUAGAGGGUUAG